AUGCAACUUCACUCUGACUUUGACGGAAGCGCGCGCGAGCCUCUCUUCACCAUCCGAGUGGGCGCUGAUGUCGAAGGCGUCGAAGAAGCAGUAUUCCGAGUUCAUCGCGGCUGUCUGACCUCCUUCUCCAACUGGUUCCGAGUUCGACUGAAAGAGGAAUGGAGCAAAAACAGAGAAAAGGAUGUGUGCAAGCUCCCCGAUCAGCAUCCUGACGGGUUCAGUUUGUUCGUGGAGUGGCUCUACACAGGCCACACCACGAUUGUCGAGCAGACCGACCACCGAUUCGCUUUACAGGAGUGGAUGUCGCUAGCACAUGCCUACGUGCUCGGAGAAGCGCUUAUUCAAGACGAGUUCCAGGAAGACAUCUUACAGCACAUGAAAGCCAAGGCCUCCAAAGAGCGAGAAGGCAAGCCGUAUCUCUCGGAGACGAUCCUGGAACUCAUCACCAUCAUCUACGAGGGUACAACGUCAUCCUCGCCAGGAAGGCGCUUCCUCGUUGAUCUCUUCCGCGGGAAGUGGGAUGGCCAGCGCGACAAGAGGUGGGCUGUUGAUCUGCUGAAGUCUUUUGAAGACAAAGCGCCGACCGAGUUCAGCACGGAGCUCGCAAUUGCGACCAUGGAGUCAGUUCCCGAUACUUCUGGCAGCUGGUUCUUUUUCAAGACGAAGAAGCAAAAGACUCCCACUGCAGAUAACAACUCGGCUUGA